CGCCUGCCCGGUGGUUGAACUCGGGGUUUCCCUCUCUCAUCUAGCCCUCUUCUUCCUCGUCCUUUCCCUCCCAUUACCCCUACCAUGGCCUUCCCGGGCGCCGAAGGAGCGGCCGAGGGGCCUGCCGGCCCUGCCCGGGAAGCGCCUGCAGCGGGCGCAGGCGGCUCGUCCUCGUCUUCCUCAGCUUCCUCCUGCUGCUCAUCCUCCUCUUGUUUAGCAGGGGGCAGCCGACUCUGGACCGCCCUCUACGACUAUGAGGCGAGCGGCGAAGACGAGCUGAGCUUGCGGCGGGGCCAGCUGGUAGAGGUGCUGUCUCAGGACGCUGCAGUGUCGGGCGAUGAGGGCUGGUGGACGGGCCAGGUGCAGCGACGCCUGGGCAUCUUCCCCGCCAACUACGUGGCUCCCUGCUACCCGCCACGGCCGCCGGAACCCGCCCGCCAGCGGCCCCGCCAGCCUCCUCCUCCUCCGCCGCCGCCCGUGCCCCCGCCGCCGCCGCCGCCUUCUCCACCUGAUGUCCCGCGGCCUGGCUCUCCUAUGCAGAUCGAAUUCGAGUGGCUGGAGCUAAAAGAGCUGAUCGGCGCUGGCGGUUUUGGGCAGGUGUACCGCGCCACCUGGGCGGGCCAAGAGGUGGCAGUGAAGGCGGCGCGGCGGGAUCCUGAGCAGGACCCCGCGGCUGCGGCCGACAGCGUGCUGCGAGAGGCGAAGCUCUUCUCCAUGCUGCGGCACCCCAACAUCAUCCAGCUGCGCGGCGUCUGCCUGCAGCAGCCCAACCUCUGCCUCGUCCUUGAGUUCGCCCGUGGAGGGGCUCUCAACCGGGCCCUGGCAGCAGCUGCGGCCGCCCCAUCGGGCGCUGCGCCCAGCGCGCGCCCAGCCCGCCGCAUCCCUCCCCACAUCCUGGUCAAUUGGGCCGUGCAGAUCGCUCGAGGAAUGCUCUACCUGCACGAGGAGGCCAUAGUACCCAUCCUACAUCGGGACCUCAAAUCUAGCAACAUUUUACUACUUGAGAAGAUAGAGCAUGAUGACAUCUGCAAUAAAACAUUGAAGAUUACAGAUUUUGGUCUGGCUAGAGAAUGGCACAGAACAACCAAAAUGAGUGCAGCUGGUACAUAUGCAUGGAUGGCACCUGAAGUUAUCAAAUCAUCUUUAUUUUCUAAAGGAAGUGAUAUCUGGAGUUAUGGAGUGUUGCUGUGGGAACUACUUACAGGAGAAGUUCCCUAUCGUGGCAUUGAUGGUCUUGCUGUGGCUUAUGGAGUAGCUGUCAAUAAGCUCACUUUACCCAUUCCGUCUACCUGUCCUGAGCCAUUUGCUAAGCUAAUGAAAGAAUGCUGGGAGCAAGAUCCUCACAUUCGGCCAUCAUUUGCUUUAAUCCUUGAACAGCUAACUGCCAUUGAAGGAGCAGUUAUGACUGAAAUGCCUCAAGAAUCCUUCCAUUCUAUGCAAGAUGACUGGAAACUAGAAAUUCAGCAAAUGUUUGAUGAAUUGAGAACUAAAGAAAAGGAGCUUCGAUCCCGUGAGGAGGAGUUAACUAGAGCAGCUCUUCAGCAAAAGUCUCAGGAAGAAUUGUUGAAGAGGCGUGAGCAACAACUAGCAGAACGAGAGAUUGAUGUUUUGGAGCGAGAACUUAAUAUUUUGAUAUUUCAAUUAAAUCAAGAGAAGCCUAAUGUUAAAAAGAGGAAAGGGAAAUUUAAGAGAAGCCGUUUAAAACUGAAAGAUGGACAUCGGAUUAGUUUACCCUCAGAUUUCCAGCACAAAAUAACAGUGCAAGCUUCUCCAAAUUUGGAUAAACGAAGAAGUUUAAACAGUAACAGUUCUAGCCCUCCAAGUAGUCCAACAAUAAUUCCUCGGCUUCGAGCUAUACAACUCACCUCAGAAGAAAGUAAUAGAACCUGGGGCAAAAGCACAGCCUAUCGUCAAGAAGAAUUUGAAGAUGUGAAGAGAAACUUCAAAAAGAAAGGUUGUACAUGGGGACCAAGUUCAGUUCAAACAAAAGAUCGUACUGACUGCAAAGAAAGAGUAAGACCUCUUUCAGAUGGUAGUAAUCCUUGGUCAACUAUCUUAAUGAAAAACCAGAAAACAGUGCCUUUAGCUUCAUUAUUUGUGGACCAACAAGGUAAGUGUGCUUUUGAUAAGCUGAAACUUUUCCCUGAUGGACUGGACAACAAAAGACCAAAGCAAAUAAAAUUGCCAAAUCAGGCCUAUGUUGAUCUACCUCUUUGGAAAGAUGAUCAGGGAGAUAAUACUGUAGAACCUGAAAGCUUUGAAGAGGGAACUUCUGCUAGUUCUGCAGCUAGCACUCCCCAAAUGACUCCCACAAAUAGUCUUAGUAGAACACCCCCCAAAAAGAAAACUGAAUCUGCAUUAUAUGGGUGUGCUGCAUUAUUGGCUUCUGUGGCUUUGGGAUUGGAUAUUAGAGAACUAAAUAAGGUACAGUCUCCUGAUGAAUUGUUGCCCAAAGAGGAUAAGAAGAAACGUGAGGGAAUAUUUCAUCGUGCUUCUAAAUUACGAAGAAGUUCCAGUCCUCCAACCAGAUUACAGUCUAAAAGAGAAGAUGUUAAUAUUCCAUCAAUAAGUCCAUCAUCAAACACUGUGAACCUCCUGUCCAUGCCUUCCAUCUCCACAAAAUGUUUGCUACACUCAGACAAUGAAGACACAUUUGUGGGUACCUGUGAUACAGACAUUCCUAUUUUAAGAGUUUCCCCUGUAAAUCAGGGAAAUAACUGUGAGCCUGCUGCGAUUUCAGGACUUGUGACUGAUCACAGCUUGUUGAAGAAUGUGCCUUCCUCUCCUUUCACAAAGCAGGUAUCUGGAAAUGUGCCAAAUAACGCACCAUCAAAAACGAGGGUAUCAUGUCACAGACGAACUGUAUCUGAUGGAAAUGCUUUUCAGACAGGUAGAACAAUUGUCAUUACUUGCUCUAACAAUGGAGUCUCUGAACUGCCAAUUUUUCAAGUUUCUGGGAUGCUGCACUUCCCAUCUAUUCAUCGGAGAAAUCUGCCAAAUGAGGCCCUCUUAGAAAAACAAAGUGCUGUCAGUAUCAUACCCAGACCUCGCCCUUCUUCUCUGAGAAGUCGAUUAAAUCCUCAGCACGGUCUUCCGGAAAGUGCAAAUCAUAGUCCUGCUCACACAGACUGUUUGGAGGGUAACCCAGAACCAAAUACUAACUGUGUACUUAGUACCAAGGAAAGAACUAAAUUCCAUAUACCCUCACUGCUGGACAUCGAUGUAGAAGGUCAGAACAGGGACUACACUGUGCCUUUAUGCAGAAUGAAGAGCAAAACUAGCCGGCCUUCUAUCUAUGAACUGGAGAAAGAAUUUCUGUCUUAAUUUUAAGUGCCUUAUGCUUUUAAAAAAGCAUUACCGUUUUUAAUGAGAACAUCUUAAAAUCAUGUGUCUACCUUCUAAUAUUUCAUGCUGCUGUAUUUUCAAAAGCUGUGGCCAUGUUACCAAAACAGUAGUAGAUGUGUUAAACUUUUGGAAAAAUAUAACCAUCGUUGUUGGCUUGCCUAUAUUGUCUUUUCACUGGAACCACACCUAGUAACUUGAAAUGCACAAAGGUGUAAAUCUAGAAAUGCACAAUAAUGUAAAGCUAUAUGUUGGAUAGAGUCUUUCUUGAGCAGUCUUAACUUUUAGGUUUGUUUUCUUUUCCCUCCCUCUCUCCCUUUUCCUCUUCACCUGCAGUCAUAAAAAAGAAAGACAAGCUUUCUAAAAAUCAAUCAGUGAUGCUUUGAACUAUUUUUCCCAUUUCUUAAAAAAAAAAAAAAGAAAUCAAGAAAAUGCUAUAAAUUUGUUCAUUGUGAAUGAUAUGAUACCAAAAACACUAGGAUAAGGAAAGGGAUUCAGAGCUCUCAGAUGAGAAAGUUCCCUCUAAGCUUGCCCCAGCAGUUUCUAGGCUUAGAGAGUUGCUUAGAGCACUGAGAGGGGAUCACAUAGGAGUGGGAUUUGAAACCAAGUCUUCUAGGCUCUAAAGUGGACUUCCUAUCCAUAUCUCCACACUGCCUUGCUAAUUAAUGUUGCAUAAUUUUGAAAACUGAUAACUGAAAUUAAUGUGAUAUUCUAUUAAACUACCUAACCUCAGCAUUAGGAUUGUCAGACAGGUUAUGCAGUGACUUAAGCCUGUUUGAGUAAAUCUCACUGCAUAUGCUUUAUAAAUGCUGAUUCCAUUAGAAUUUAUGAGAAACCUAAUUUUUCUUAAUGAUAUCUGAAUGAUUAUCUCAUGCACAUUGAAGAAACCUUUUUUCAGUUGGCUCUUCUCUUGGUGAGAGAACACUAAAAUUUUCUCCUAAACUAUAAGUAACCAUCUCUUUGUUACCUGAAAAUGCACAACUCUUGUUCUCUAGAAAUAUUUUUGGUAAUAGAUAAGCUGAAUUUAAAUGAAGGUUUGUUAUUUAAAAGAUAAUACAAUUUUAAUGAUGACAAAAUUUCCUAGCACCAUAAACCAAAUAGAAUUUAUUAUUUAAAUUUAAUUUAUUAAUUUAUUUAAUUAACUAAUUAAAAUUUAAAUCACCAUUUUACCAGGUAAUUUGACAUUUCAGGUAACCUUGAACAAUUGUUAAAAGACAAAGACAAAAAGAUAUUAUUCGGGAAUGGCAAUAUAAAAUAUAUCCCUGAGUGAAGCUAAGAAUUUCAUAGAUUACAGAGUUGUUUAAAAUUGUAAUUCUAUUUGGAUAAUGGUGCUCUUGUUAAAUUGUGGGUUUCUUUCUAGAAAAUCUGUUUUGUGGACUGUCACCUCUGUUUACUCUUAUCAGUUCAGAAGCACACUUAUUUUUUUAAUUGCUAUAAAUUUUUUUAAGUAAUGUUGCAUAGUUUUUUAAAUAGUCACAUUUUACUAAGCUGAAAUUUUAGUGGUUGAAAAUUAAAAUUUCAGAUUUGAAGUACCUAGAAAAAAAUUCCAAAAAAUCAUGAUGGCUUAAAUUAUAAAGCAAAAUCUUUUGAGUACAUUUUUCUAAUUGCUUUUUGUACUAUGAAUAGAAUAUGAAAGGGUUCUUAUAUUGAGACAUACAUUUUAUUCUGAGAGAAACAAUCUCUAGGUUGCAGUAAAAUCUCAGGUAUUCAUUAUUAUUUUAUUAAAUUAUUGUCCACUCUACUUUAGUUUCACUUUUUGGUAAUUCAUUAAAUUAUGAUAGCUAGAUUUUAAUCUUCAUGAAUACAUCAUACAUACCAACACUUUGUUGGCCACUUAGUUUUCAACCAUUGACAUAUAUAACCUACAGACUAAAUUGCAGGAGUGUAAUUAUCCUAACAUAAAGAAUUUGUGCAAAAAAAAAAAACUGUUACCUAACUAUAAUUUUAUUUCUAAAGAAACAACAUAUGUUUGCAUUUUACACCCUUAUAAUGCUUCUUUUCUAACCAUAUAUCUGUUAGAUCCCUUAGUAGCGUAAUUCUAGGCCAGUUGGCAUUCUGAUGAACUGAAAUAUGAAAAUACAAAUAAAGACAAUUACUUCUCAAAAUAUGGAUUCAAUCUUACAUGCCACUACAGAUAUUGGAGUGGGGAGGCGAGGGAGAUGAUUAGGAUCUGUUGUAAAUGUGUGAUUUCAUGUGUUGCUAUCUGUAGCAUAAUGAUUGUAUUUAUUUUCAUGUAGAUUGAAUAGUCUUACUAGAGUAAAAGAGAAAUUAAGGCAAUCACGGUUAGUAAACAAUUUAAGGUGCUUACACUGCAGAAAUUUAAGAUAUCUAUUUGAUAUGCUGUUUUACAAAGCCUUGUGACUGAAAGAUGUUUACAUAUGUUGUAUUUUUUUAAAAAAUAAA